GACUGCCCCCUGACUGAUGGCGGCAGACUGUCAUCCAACCAAUCAAGACUUACAAGGACAACAUGUGAUCUUCCCACGGCCGUCCCGACCCCUACCCGCUUAGAGCACCCAGCUCGACACUUUGUUAUUCUCGGAACAUCGAGCUCUACUCCUUGUACAGAGGCGUUUCAUGAGGGGGCAACAGUCAAGUGCAUAAUGGUGCCAACGUGGCCUGGGAGAACACAUAAGCGUCCGGAGGGCAUCUCGACCAAAGUUAUAGAGUCUCCAGGUCCCGCGUUUACAAAAGCAGCCAAACAACUGGUAUUAGAAAAUGAGGAUUUACAGUAAGGAAACAGAAACUUAUCAUAUUUGGACCAAAUGGAGUCAUCUGAUCUACUGUAACUGUAAUAUUAUGGAUUUUUAAGAUGGAAACAAAAAUCACAGUUGACAAUGGGGAGGAAGUGUACACGUUGUUUAUCUGGACAGUCAUCUUAUGUGGCAGAAUAUGAAUGCAGUCACCUCAGGAAGAAACCAUGGAAAUGUGGGGAGUGCGGGAAGUGUUUCAGUUACCCAGUUCAGUUGGAAAUUCAUCAGCGCAGUCACACUGGGGAGAAACCAUUCACCUGUUCCGAGUGUGGGAAGGGAUUCUCUACCUCAUCCCACCUGCUCUCACACCAACGUAUUCAUACUGGGAAUAGGCCGUUCACUUGCUCCGUGUGUGGGAAGAGAUUCACUCAGUCAUCCAACCUGUUAACACACCAGCGGCUUCACUCUGGGGAGAGACCAUUUUCCUGCUCUGAGUGUGGGAAGGGAUUCACUAUUUCAGCUCACUUACUGAGACACCAACAAGUUCACAAUGAUGAGAGACCUUUUAAAUGUCCAGACUGCGGCAACCAGUAUAAAAGUUCUGGGGAACUGAUGUCCCAUCAACGUGUUCACACUGACGAGAGGCCAUUUAGGUGCGCUCACUGUGGAGUGGGGUUCAAACAAUCAUCUGACCUCACUGUGCAUCGACGUACUCAUACAGGGGAGAGACCAUUCACCUGCUCCACAUGUGGGAAAAGAUUCAAUCAGACAUGUACCCUUCUGAGGCACCAACAAGUUCACACUGGGGAGAGACCUUUCAAUUGCUCCGAGUGUGGGAAGAGAUUUGGUCGUUCCUCUACCCUACUGAGACACAAGCUAGUUCACAAGAAAUUACAUUGACUGAACCUCACUGUUAAUCACAUCGCAAUCAGAAAUGUGUACAUGAGGGUAUGUUCUGGCUGAUGUUCACUUAAUGUGAGUCAAUAUUCUGUUAAAAAUUAGGUAAAUCAGCCUCAUGUGAAACACAGAAAUAGCAAGGUGUGGAGCUGGAUGAACCCAGCAGGCCGAGCAGCAGAGGAGCACAAGGCUGAUGGCUCAGGCCUAGACCUUUCUUCAGAAAAGGGUCUAAGACUGAAAUGUCAGCCUUCCUGCUCCUCUGAUGCUGCUUGACCUGCUGUGUUCAUCCAACUCCACACCUUGUUAUCUGAGAUUCUUUAGCAUCUGCAGUUCCUACUAUCUCCCCGUUCUCACAUCCAACAAUGAGGAUCUCAUGGAAAUUCUUUGUCGUUGAGAUUGGGACACAUUUAACACCUCUGAACAUUCACUCACCACAAAUGCACUGCAAUGAAAAGCUCUUUGGACAACACCUUACAAAACUACAGCUUCUGCCACUAGAAAGAGAACAGCAGCGGAUACAGGAGAACAACACACCCUGAUUUGGAAAUAUUAUUGACCCUCCCUUUCUGAGUCAAAAAUCUAGAACUCUUCCCCCAAACAGCAUAGUUGUUGUAUCUAUAACCCAAGGACUGUAGCAGUUGAAGCCAGCUCACCAUCACCUUUUUUGUGCAAUUAAGGAUUGGCAAUAAUGCUGGCCUAGUUAGCAAUGCAAUAUUCUGUGAAUGAAUGAAAAGAUCUGAAACGCAACUGUAAGUUCCAGUUCCUAAAACCUGCCAUUGAACUUCCUUUUCCAUUACAGUUAUUCCCACAAAGAAACCCUGCUGUCAUCCUUAAUCAAACUAACAAAUAUUGAAAUGUUUGCUCCAGAUACUGAUUAAAUAAAUCACAAUUGCUUUUGAAAGUUACAACAGAAUUUGCUUCUACCAUUCUGUGUUCUAGACCUUCAUAACUCAGUCAGUAAAAUAAUCCCUAAUCUUUACCCUGGAUUUUUAAUUUUUCUUUAGAGAUUUGUGUCCUGUGACCACCAACACCUCUGCCAAUGGAUACAAUUUCUUCAUGAAAGAGGUUCAGACAGAAACUACACCCUGUAAAUCACACCUCAUCUUCUCUGCUCUGAGGAGAACAGUCUUAGCUCCUCCAGUUUCACUCUCCCUAAUUUCAGACACAAUCUGGCAACGCUUUCUCCUGCUGUCUCUUCAAAGCCUUGAUAUCUCUCCUGAACUGUGUCACUCAAGUUACCACAAAAUUUUACCUGACGAUGAACCAGUGAUUUUUAAAAAUUCUGUAUAACUUGUUUUUGACGUCCAUUUUUAAAGCCAAGUAGCGGUUUGUAUUUUUUUUCUAAGACUUUGUUUGUCCUGUCGCAUUAAAUAAUGUGUACACCU